AUGGAUGGGCUCGGCCGCCGCCUCCGAGCCAGCCUGAGGCUGAAGCGCGGCCGCUGGGGACCUUCCCAGGAGAAUCUGGGAGAAGUAGUGAAGGAACCCGAAAGAGCCCUGGAGCACUGUCUACCCAGCUUUGCUGGAGGGCAGCACUUCUUUGAAUACCUCCUCGUGGUUUCUCUCAAAAAAAAGCACUCAGGGGAAGAUUAUGAGCCCAGGAUCAUCUACCAGUUUCCCAAGCGAGAGAACUUGCUUCGGGGUCAACAAGAGGAGGAGGAGCGGUUGCUUGGAGCCAUCCCCUUGUUUUGCUUCCCAGAUGGGAAUGAGCGGGCCCCACUCACUGAGUGUCCCAGGGAGACCUUCUCGUUUGUUCUGACCAAUGUGGACGGGAGCAGGAAGAUUGGAUACUGCAGGCGCCUCUUGCCCGCCGGCCAUGGUCCUCGCCUCCCCAGGGUGUACUGCAUCGUCAGCUGCAUCGGCUGCUUCGGCUUGUUCUCCAAGAUCCUGGAUGAAGUGGAAAAGAGGCAUCAAAUCUCCAUGGCCAUCAUCUACCCAUUCAUGCAGGGCCUCCGAGAGGCAGCUUUCCCCGCUCCUGGGAAGACUGUCACCCUCAAGAGCUUCAUCCCUGACUCAGGCACUGAGUUCAUUUCCCUGACGCGGCCCCUGGAUUCCCACCUAGAGCACGUGGAUUUUAGUUCUCUCAUGUGUUGCCUCAGUUUUGAGCAGAUUCUUCAGAUCUUUGCCUCUGCAGUGCUGGAAAGAAGAAUCAUCUUCUUGGCAGAAGGUCUCAGCACCCUGUCUCAGUGCAUCCAUGCUACUGCUGCGCUGCUCUACCCCUUCAGCUGGGCCCACACCUACAUCCCCGUGGUCCCCGAGAGCCUGCUGGGAACUGUCUGCUGCCCCACUCCCUUCAUGGUUGGAGUCCAAAUGCGCUUCCGGCAGGAGGUUUUGGACAGCCCCAUGGAAGAGGUCCUGUUGGUGGAUCUUUGUGAAGGAACCUUCUUAAUGUCAGUUGGUGAUGAAAAAGACAUCCUACCACCCAAGCUUCAGGAUGACAUCUUAGAAUCUCUUAGUCAGGGCAUCAAGGAGUCACAGACUUCUGAACAAAUCAAUGAGCAUGUUUCAAGGCCUUUUGUACAGUUCUUUGUCAAGACUGUGGGCCACUAUGCUUCCUACAUCAAGCGGGAGGCGAACGGGCAAGGCCGCUUCCAAGAACGGGCCUUCUAUAAGGCUCUGACCUCCAAGGCCAACCGCCGGUUUGUGAAGAAAUUUGUGAAGACACAGCUCUUCUCCCUUUUCAUCCAGGAAGCCGAAAAGAGCAAGAACCCUCCUGCAGAUUAUUUCCAAAAGAAAAUACUUGAAUAUGAGGAACAGAAGAAACAGAAGAAACCAAAGGAAAAGACUGUGAAAUAAGAGUUGUGGUGAACAGGAGUGCCUAGACCUAUAGGCCAGUAGUGGACUUUGAC